ACUCUCCCUUCCAAUCCGACACAGGGUGGGCGUGUGAGCGCGAGAUAGAGGAGCGUCGAGGAGGAAGACGACGGAGAGGUCGGAGGUGCGGAAGGAAGAGGGUCUCUUGCACCUGCGCUCGAUUUCGGCGGAGUAUUCGUAGCCGCAGCAGGAAAUUGUGUGCCCGUUCGGGAGAUUCCUCGGAGCUAGGGUUUGCGGGGUGGAAGGGGAGGCGCCGCGGCGCUCCUGGUCGUCUUAAAGCGCUGAUGAGAGCCAGCAGUUACGGGUUGGAUUUCGGCUCCGGACGUUGAAGGGGCAACAUUUCGUCUCCGGAUGGAGGGUGGUGGAACCUUAGCCGCUCUUCCUUUGAUCAUUUCAGGGUUUUAUCCAUGGAUUGUGAUGAUAGUGACUUCCAAAGCCAGAACUUUCAAAUAAUUGGAGAGGACAAUGAUGGGUUUCCCCAAAGUUUACAAUCAUAUGAUCCUCCAAAAUUUGAUAUUGAUGAUCACUUUCAGUCUCAUUUAAGGUUUGAUAGUUUAGCUGAAUCACGGCUUUUUCUUGGUAUUCAAGGUGAAGAAAACAAUUGGAUUGAGGAGUUUUCUCCCAGACAUAGUGCAGCAGCAUUUGGUUCAAGUGCCUUGCAGACUUGUUCCAUUACAGGGAACGACAAUUGGUCCAAUACUCCAUCUGAAAUUGCACAAAUGCUAGUAAAAUCUAUUGGAGAUAAUGAGGUAAAUCCACAAAACAUGAAUACAGGGUCAGAAUCACAUGCAAUAGAAGACUCUGCUAAAAAUACUCUGGGGUUGAAUGAAGAUAUAGCUACAGCCAACCAGCAUGGCGUUUCACUUCAAAUUCCCAAUAAUGAAAAAUCAGAAUCUGUCUUGAAUAUAAAUUCGCCUGACCAAAAGUAUCAUUCUGUUGGGGAGGUGGUUGCUUCAGAAUCCACAGUUAAUGAAGAGGUGGUUGCUUCAAAAUCCAAAGUUAAUGAAGAAUUAGCUUCUUCAUCAAUUGAGUUACCUAAAGCAUGUUUAGUUGCUGAUGAGCUUCUUGAUGUGGUUCAGAGCAAGAACCAGUUGGAUAAUUCAUCGGUGAUUGGUUCAUUUGUUGAUUGUGGCUAUCCUAUAAACAAGGGUUGUGAGAUGAGUUCAAUUUCUGUUCAAAGCAACAUUCAGAAUCAUCCCUUGCCUUUAUUCACUAAUAAUGCGAGUACUAAAACAAGUAAUCUGGAAAACUCAUUAGCAACAGAGCAAAAGAAGGAAGACUGCCCUGCGGUUAAUGUGAAUAAGAGCUCAGAACCUCCUGAAUCUGAAAACAAACAGAGUGAUACAUUGCCUACUUUUCAUGGUGAACAUAAACCAAAUGAUCACAAUUUUCAGGAUGAGGCUCUUAAUAAUGAUAUUUGUGUUAUUAAGGACUCUUCAGGAAUGGCUCCGACGAUCAAUUCUCUGAUGUUGCCAAUUGAAGGGUCUGAAACUGUGCUCUCUGAGAACUCUGGGCUGCUGGAAGCUAUUGCUUACCAGGUAAAAUCUUUGAAUAAAGACUUAGAGACAGAGGAUAAAAGAUCAACUGGCGCUAGUCAGUUACCAGCUUUAGCAGAGGAGGAUGGAGAGAAAUUUGUUGAGGUUGUUAUUGAGAAGAGAACUGAGCUCUGUGAUAUAGCAGCGGAACCUCUCAAUUCUUCUGCCUUGGUGCUUGAGGAAAGUCAAACGUUUUGUUCCGAGGAACAGAGAGAUCUUGAUGUGUCCAAAAGAGUUAUUGAUGACAACAAAUGGAAGAUAGAGUUUUCAUCUUCAGUUCAAACUGAAAUAUCUGCAGUUGAGGAUGAUACUGGUUCACAAAUUCAUCCUUUAACCACCCAUAACUUGGAUAUUAUGCAGAAGGAAAAGAUUGCUGACAAUGAAUGCUUAGAAGCUUUUACUGAAAAUUCUGCUAAGUUGAAUGGCGCAGAACUUACUUUGGUCAACAAACCUUCUGCUUUGCUGGAGGAUAGAGAAAAUAAGACCUCUUCCUCUCAUGAGAAAUUGGAUCCAUUGAGCAAGACUGUUUGUUUGGUUGCUGAAUCAAAUGUGGACAACAUUAGUCAUUUGGAGGAAAAGGAUAACUCUACACAUUCAGGCGGUUCAAAUGACAAUGAUUUUAAGAAUCACUCUUCCACUACUGAGACUACACAAUUAUCUGCACCUGAAACACAGGACCACGGUAUCAUGAUGGAUGUUGAUGAGACAUCAAUCAAGGACCAAGCAGAAAAUACCCAGCUGCUACACUCUGAGGUUGAAGUGAUAGUAGAGGAGAAAGAAGUGAUAGUGUCAUCCAUUCCCGAUUCACACUCAGACAGGAAAGAUGUACAGGUAGCUUCCCUGUCAGUUGUGAAAUGUGUCAUAGACAGUGAGAUAUUAGGAGAACCACGUGUGAUACCAGAUUCAGAUGCGAAGGGCCCAUCAAUGGAGAGUUUUUCUGAUGGACAAGAAACUUCCAAAACUGGUGAAGGUCAAUUAGCUUUUUCAGCUGGAGCAUAUGCUCUUUCCACUUGCAAUAGCACAGAAGGGGAAAAUGCAAAGUUAGCUUUGACAAGCAAUUCUGACAAACCAAAACAGACUGAUAUAGAAUUUGAUAUGUCAAAUAUUGGUACAAAUGGCUUUUCUCAGUUGCCUUUGCAUGAAAGCAAUCUCAAUUCCUGCUCCUUUGACUCUCAAGGUGGAAAGCCAAGUUCAUAUGAAACAAAUUGUGGCUCACUAACUGUUAUUAGUUGCAAUGAGUGGAACAUUGAGGAAAGGAGUAGCACACAAUAUAGAGAAAGGAAUAGUUCAUUGCAAAAUCUUGCAGGCUCUUCUUUAGAGGCAUUAAAGUUUGAUAGUUUUGAAGGCACUGUUCAAGAUUCCAAAAUGAGUACUUUAGGUAAUGAUGGAAACUUCACGUUUGUUGUCCCCCUAGACAAAAGUGAUCCCCCAGAAGACAGCAAGAAGGAUCAGGAAUCCAUCUCCCAAAUUCAGUCCUUAGAACAGCAUCAGAUUUCUAAGGAGAUUUCUCAGGAACAUCCAAGUGAAACUGUAGAAGAAAUUACUAGCAAUCCUAGCUUGAGUGUGGAAGACAAAAAGAAGAAAGUGUCUGUUCGUGGAACUAGGAAGGCAGGCAUUUCAAAAGGAGACGCUGAUGAGAAUUCACAAGAAAAACAUUCUAAAGGAAGCAAAAGGACACCACGUAGUACCUCUAGCAGAGCCUCACGAAACAAAACUGGCAAAGAAGAUGUACAACAAUGUCUCUAUGUUGAUUCUAAUACUAAAUCUUCCUGUUCUCCAACUGUUCAAACAUCUAAUCUGCCAGACACGAGCACAUCAGCGCCGCCGCUAUUUCAUCAGCCUUUCACAGAUUUACAGCAAAUACAAUUGCGUGCUCAAAUAUUUGUCUAUGGUUCUCUCAUACAAGGAGUGCUGCCCGAUGAGGCUUGUAUGCUUCCAGCCUUUGGAGGAACUGAUGGAGGAAGGAGCUUAUGGGAGAAAACAUGGCGUGUUGCUUCAGAAAGGUUUCAUAACCAGAAAUUACUAACUAGUAGUUCAGAACAAGUUGUCAGCUGCAGCCCUCUUUCAAGCAAGGUUCUUAAUUGCUCUGCUGGUAGGAGGGACAGUAAAACCCCAAUUGCAGCUACAAAAAGUUCCGUUGUUUCUUUCCAAUCACCAUUCCAGAGUUCGUCAAAGGAUGUUUUACCCUCAAAUAUCACAAGAGGCACCUACUUGGAAUCCAAUCAAUCUCUGUCGCCGUUACAUUCAUAUCAAACUUCUCAGAUGAGACCGUACUUAACCAAUUCUGCACCUUGGUUUUCUCCUAGUCCUCACCAUGCUUCCUGGACUGUUCCAUCACAAAGUUCACCUUUUGAUUCCGCUGCACAGCAUUCUUCUGCAAUAACUUCUGAAAUAGCUCAAGUAAUGCCUGCAAGAGACUCUUCUAAAUCUCUUGCUGCAAAUUUGCAGCUUACCUCACAUGGUGCCUUGCUGCCUCGUCAAGAUACUCCAAGUAUUUCUUCAUCAUUGCCAAGUCAGAUUCAAAAUAAGGAAGCAACUCCUGCAGGAAAUAAAAACCCUUCAAUUAGGGACAAAUCCCGAAAGAGGAAAAAAAAUUCUGCGUUAGAGGAGUCUGUGUUGAAUAUUUCAGCUACCCAACCUCAACGAGAUUCUGCUUCUGCCACUUGUAUCACUAGUAAUCUGCCUAGUUCUUUAUCCUUUCCUCUAUCUUCUAGUUCUCUAAGUCCUAAUACACCUGUUGGCUUUGUUUCAACUACAUCUCAAGCACCAACUGUUCCUUACUACCAAAUAUUGGGCAGUAAUUCUCAACAGAAUGUCCUCUCAAAAGAGACCUGUACUCAUAUUGAGCAAUCAAAAGUGCAAGCUGACAGUGCUUCUGCUUAUGCUGCCACUGCUGUUAAGCACAGCCAAACUAUUUGGGAACAGAUGACUGUUCAGAAGUCAGGCCUCGCAUUGGAGGUUGAAGGGAAACUUGCCUCUGCAGCUGUUGCAGCUGCAGCAGCUGCUUCUGUAGCAAAGGCAGCUGCAGAAAUUGCCAAGGUUGCAUCUGAGGCUGCAAAACAGGCUAAGUUGAUGGCAGAUGAGGCAGUUAAUUCGUCAUAUGCUGAAAAUAUUACUCAAAACACUGAAAAUAGUCUUGAUAUUGGAAAAAGUUUGCUUAACUUGCCAGUUAAUGACAAAAUUAAUGGUCUUUCAGUUAUUUCUGCUGCACGAGAGGCUACAAGGAGGAGGGUAGAAGCAUCCUCUGCAGCCAUGAAGCGGGCUGAAAACUUGGAUGCCAUACUGAAAGCUGCAGAAAUGGCUGCAGAAGCUGUGUCCCAAGUUGGAACGAUCAUUGCAAUGGGGGACCCUCUGCCAUUGUCGAUAAGUGAAUUAGUAGAAGCUGGACCUGAUGAUUAUUGGAAACGUCAUCGUAUGACUAUGAAAAUUGAUUCUGAAUCAUAUUCACAGGCCAAGAAGAAUUCAGGUUUGCAUAUAGCAAGUGACCAUGAGUUAUACGCAAAACAAUCAGCUGAAUUAUUGCCAUCAGAUCAUAACAAGAGACCAAAUUCUAUGCCUCCUGGCAAUCAGAAAUCCAUACCAUUUGAGGAACAUUAUGAAGGGCAUGAGUUACAAGGCAGGGAAAAUAUUGUUUCAACUGAAACUGGGAGCAGUCCUAUACAAGGAAGUACCAUUCAGACAGGCUCCCUUGUUGAGGUUGUAGCUAAAGAAGGUGGCCUUCGAGGAGCUUGGUUUUCUGCAUUUGUCCUUGAUAUCAAAGAUGGUAAAGCAUUUGUGCAGUACAAGGAUCUUCUGUCUGCUGAAGGUCAUGACAAGCUCAAGGAGUGGAUACCACUUGAAUUCAAAGGUGACCAACCUCCCAGAAUACGUGUAGCACAUAGCUUAAUGGUAGGUAUGCCAGAAGGAACAAGGAAGCGGCGGAGAGAGGCUCUAGGCAAUUUCAAUUGGGCAGUUGGUGACAGAGUAGAUGCAUGGAUGCGUGAUGGUUGGUGGGAAGGUGUUGUCAGUGAGAAGAAUCCAGAUGAUGAAACCAAGUUAACUGUACACUUUUCAGGGGAUGACUCCUCAGUUGUUCGAGCUUGGAACUUACGACCUUCACUUUGUUGGCAAGAUGAUCAAUGGAUAGAAUGGUCUAAAGAAAAAAUCACUCUUGAAACCUAUGAGGGAGAUACACCCCAGGAGAAACGGCGAAAGCUUGGGCUAUUAGAUAACAAAAAUAAAGAAGAAAUAAUUGAGGGAGGAUUGAAUACUUGCACAAAUGACUCAAGCAAGUUGGAAGAGAUAAACCAACUUAAUUUAUCAGCAAGGGAUGCAAUAUUUUCCAUGGGGAAGAAUGUUGGUGAUGGUAAUAACAAUGAUGCAUUUAAGGUCAAACGGGCAGGCCUUCUGAAAGAUGGACCAAAGGUGGUGUUUGGUGUUCCUAAGCCUGGAAAAAGACGCAAGUUUAUGGAAGUUAGCAAACACUACACAGCUGAUAAAAUUGAGAAAACAGCUGAAAGGAGUGAUUCGAUAAAGUUUGCAAAAUAUUUGAUUCCCCAAGCGCCUCAGCCAUGGAGGAAUAGCUCCAAAGCAGACACUAAAGGAAAGCAAGGCACCAACUUGAAUACCAGAGUCCUCAAAUCUUUGAGGUCACAGAAUGUUCAGACCAAAACUACUGUGGGUAAGGAUAAGUCAGUUACCAGUGCUUCUGUCUCAAAUGGAGUAGAAGUGAGUCUUAAAACUUCUUUUAGCACUGGAGAGAAGAAGAGUUCAUUAGAAGUUGGUUCUCUUCCACAUUUUAUUGGUAAAGUAGAUGUUGCAGUCCUCGGGUCCUCUGUGCAGCAUGUACCAACUAUGCCAGCACCUAAGAAGAAAUCCUCUUCUCUUGAGCUUGAAAUAGGGGGAAAAGAAAAGGGCUCAUCUGUUGUGGACCAGUCAUCCAGAUCUGAAGUGCAAGGUUCUGAAAAUAUUGUAAAAAGAUCUGCUGAUGUUACUGAACCCCGGAGAUCGAAUCGUAGAAUUCAGCCAACAUCAAGAUUACUGGAGGGACUGCAAAGCUCUCUGCUGAUAUCAAAGAUUCCCAGUUUUUCACACGAUAAAAGUACCAAGACCUUGCCUAAAGGUGGACCAUCUUCUAGAGGUCAGAGUCACAGAUGAUCGCAGAUAGCUUCGUUACUGAUGUAUUUCAGAUCGCAUAGAUUUCCAGCGCAACUAUGACAGGAUUAAAGUUAGGGUUCAUGUACAUAAAUGCUAUCCCAGGUUUGCGAUACGAAAGACUUCUUUCUCAGAUGAUAGAUGGUGUAAGUGAAACCUUUGUGAUCAGAUGACUAGGUGUAUAAUGCCAUAGGUUCAAAGUUAACUGCUCUUUAUCAUGAGCCUAAACGGAUUUAUUCUCAAAUUCUGAUUGUACUUGUCAA